CUAUUUCAUGCUUCGUUUAUGAUCACUUCCAGCUUUACGCCUUCUUGACCCUUGUGUUCUCAUCAUCCGGAUGAAGAAACUCGGUCUGAACUGGAAGAGGAAAGUAUACGUCCUGUUGCUGCCUGGAGCCUCGCUUCGCUGACACGGCUUUACAUUCGGCGAGUUUGUUAGUGCAGCUCUCCGGGUGCUAAUGGAAGAACCGAAAGGGAAGCGGCAGAAAACCUGCCUGCCCAUCUGCUCCUGCCACCAGCCGGUGCCUGGGACCCAGGUGAAGCAGAACUACCCUGCCUGUGUGGAGGAAGCAGUGUGCGGGCUCGUCACCCUCUUUUACGAGCUUUCCUACCGUUUCCAGGCUUUGGCAGAGAUCUUUGAACAAGAUGACAUUGCUUUGCCCAGGGUUUCUGGCUAUUUCCGGCAAGUAGCUGAAGAAGAGGAGCAGAAUGCAAAAACCUUAAUUGACUACCAGAAGGAGCGAGGUGGUCACUACUGCGCCAAGGACAUUAAGAAACCCAGAACUGAGUCAGUCCAGAACAUCUGUCAGGCGCUGGAUCUGGCACUGCGCCAGUGGAAAACUGUGGCAACAUUCUUGGAAGAAUUGUGUGCACUGGGCAAAAGCUGCACAGACCCCCAUACCACCAGCUUCAUCAGAAAACAACUGCUUGUCCCCAAAAUCCAACAAAUCAAAGUGGUCAGUGAUUUGAUCACUAACGCUAACCGUCUGGGUUGUACAGAUGAAGGGCAAGUUAGCUUUGGGGAAUACCUCAUUGACCGACUGCAGGAAGAGUUGGAGAGGCCACCGGCCUGAGCUGGUCAUUAUUUGUUUCACGUUCCACUGGCCAGAUAUCACACCUUUUCUAUUUGCGUUGUAUCAAAUUCACUCUUUUAGAAAGAUUCUCCCUUUUUCUAGGUUAAGAAUUUAAAUGCUCUUUUUAAAAGGAAAGAAGCAACUUUUUAUAUUGCUCCUGGAAGUAGAUACAUCAUGGAAAAUCGAAUGAGUAUUGUACACUCCAUUUGGGUCCCAGCCAAACUGUACUUUGUACUAUUUCCCAACUUUUCCAUCCAGCAGUAUGAGGAAGGAUAGGGGACCACUUACAAAGAAUAUUUAGGUACAAAAUUCUCAAGUUAUUUUUUGAAUUAAUAAUAAGGAAUAGCUAGAGGUGAGAAUAUGAUUUUGAUUCAAAUAGACCUUUUGUUUAAAUGACCUUUCCUUUUACCCAAUGCAUUGGUUGUAUUAUGUUUCUCCAUUAUAUCAUUGGUUAAUAUCAUCCUCGCUAUCUCCUUAAACGGGAAUUGUACUAUUCGAUAUUUAGCUGACUAAACUGGAUAUUCUUUGUGGUCUUUUAAAAUGACCCAUUUUUCUUCCCAUUCAAUACGGAUAAACCUCGCGACAUUACGAUAUCAAAGAAUUAUUUCCAUGUUUUUGCAACUACAAAACCAAGACUUUUUGUAUCUGUGACUGGACCCGAAAUGUUAAUUCUGAUUUCUCAGAUGCGGCUAGACCUGCUGAAUUUAUGCAGCAAUUUCUGUUUAUGUUAUCUGCAAAGCUUGUGGUCCCUUCAGUGAGCAGCCGAAGGGAACAAGCACUCAUCAGCCAGUACACAUGGUGCUCUAAUAUAUAUUCCGCGCUGCAGGUCACACUUCUAGUGCAUUGAUGCCGCUUCCUCGAGUUUGUUUCCAUUUAAGUUCAGAAAUUCAUCCUUUGUUUACGACUUUUGAUUAGAGCAGUAUGGCCAAGGUAUCUUUUAAGGGCUAUGCAAUGCUGUGGCAACACCUUUGAUCAUUUUCUUAUCUCUAACUGUGCUGGUGUUAGGUGAAGCGGUGCCUAACGGUACCGUACUGAAUGGCUUUGAGCUGUCCUGCACAAAUUAUAUUGCAAUUCAGAGCAAGGUCUUCCACGAAAAAAAGACGUUUAGUUAUCCAUAAGGACGGGAUUUUUGACUAAGCUUUACCAGCCUGGGUGGGGUUUUUUUUGGGUGGGGGGGGAUGUCAAUAACCCGUCCUCCCGCCGGGACUUCUCUCUGUGCCCUAGAGAGACCGACAGUAACUUUUAAUGCUGGCUCCAAAAUGCACUUAAAAUCUCUCGAGACUGAACCGAACAUAUCGUUUUAUAACCGAUUAAAAAGGCCAAUGAUUUUAUGGGCAGUAUAUUUUCUUCUUUUGAAAGCAGAGAUUUUGAAAUCUAUUUUCUAAAUAUUUUUCGUACAGCAUUUUUUUUAAAAGAAAAGGAUAUUUUUACUGUCUUGCUUAACAAUCAGUUGAAGGGCUGGUUCACUGUUGGUUCUGUAAAUUGUGCUGUUUGGACCUGGUUCACAGUAUAUUCCGUGCUAACAAUCUCUAACGUCAGUGUGCCAGUGAAUGGUGUUUAUUGCUGUAGGUGGGGUUGCUUUUAUACUGGUGCGUUCAUCUCAUUGUUUCAUAGUAGAUUUUAUAGCCAUGUACCUGUGCCCAGAAUCAAAUAAACUGAGAAAACA